UGACUGUUGACCGUCGCCUGACCUGUUGACGAUGCCCCGCUGACGUCAUCUUCGAUUUGAAGCCAGGACCAGGACCAGGCAGCGAGGUAGCGCGACGCGUCGAUUCUCAAAUUUGCGGUGGAUCAUCGGCUUUGCAACUUCUCAACCGCUCAAGACCUUCGUACAAGUAUCAACACCAUGUCGGAACCAGACGUGAACACUGCAGGUGCAGCGCAGACGCAACCCAAGAGUUUACCCCGCUACUUUCGCAAUGAUGCUUCGUUGGGACGACGGGACCCUCACAAGCAGCUGCUAGCGUCACUAGAACGCCUGAUUACCGAUUAUCCACCACACAAGAUCUCACCCGGCGGCGGACUCUACUACGGACCUAUCUCUGUGGCCUACCUCUUCUACGCUCUGCACCUUGAGUAUCCGGAUCUGAAGCUGGACGAUUACCCAUUGAACACGUGGUCGGCAGCAUACAUUGAGCAAGCACAAGCAAACAUCAAAGAGUUCCCGGUGCCAUCACCGAGCAAAUGUGGCGUCUCAAACGACAUCAUGUCCUUAUUGGCUCUGUACGCCGUGACUGCGAAAGAUAAAGACACCGCGCAGGAGCUCUGCGAUCACGCGGCCGUACUGAUUGAGCCAGAAGCUGCGAACGAGUGGUUGUACGGACGUGCUGGCUAUCUCUACCUACUACGAUUGGUGCGCGGGGCGUUCAAAGACAGCAAGGAGAUCACUGAGCUUAUUGAGGAUACCGCCGAUGAGAUCAUUGCCAACAUCAUGGAAAGCCCGCGGCCGUGGAAGUGGCAUGGCAAGGCGUACAUCGGUGCUGUGCACGGGGCAAUCGGUAUCAUCACGCAAAUCGUCCUCACUGACAAUUCAUGGGCGCCUAAGCUCCAGGCCGAGCUGACAGUCCUACUCAGCUACCAAUAUGAGAGCGGCAACUUUCCUUCCUCUCUUCCGCCGGGCAAAGACCGUCUCGUGCAGGUCUGCCAUGGUGCUCCCGGGGUCGUUUCGUCACUGCUCUCCAUUCGCCCAUACUUCCCUGACAUUGUAGACCGUAUCGAUAGGGUCAUUUCGAAAGCAAGAGACUGUAUAUGGGAACGGGGUCUCUUGACCAAAGAGCCUUGUCUGUGUCACGGCAUCACCGGCAACGCUUUGGCAUUGGAGGACGAGCAAUUUGAGCACUUCUUGACCUACACUACCGGCCACGAGAUCAAGUCCAUGGCGAAAGAUCACAUGUUAGAAAAGUCGGAUGAUCCCUCGGCGCUAUGGUGCGGUGAGGCAGGACGUGCUUGGGCUUGGGCUGUGGCGGACAAGGGUCUGCCAAAGAGACUCCUCGGCUACAACGAUAUUUGAAAGCACGCACGGAAGGUGAUGGGCAGGUUUGAGCUCAGGCGACGAUGUUACGAAUGGCAUGAAUCACGAAAUGGUGAGGCUAUAAGGCGAUAGCUUAUCGGAAAGGUUGCACUCUGUGCUACAGACGCACAGCGCUACAUUUACGGCCGACUGCAUAGUUAACCGAAAAUCUCAUGAUCCCAGCGUUAUGAAGUACCAAUAGAGGACUUCUCUCAACAGAUCAGACCUUGU